AUGGACGCGGAGCCCGCGCCCGUGGGUAGCGCCGACGCGAUGGCGGACGGCGACGCCGGCGGGGAGGCAGAAGCAGAGGCGGAGGUGGAGGCGAGGGAGGGCGCGGGGAACGGAGAAGAAGCGGCUGGGCCCACGAGCGCGCCGCCGGGGCCGAAGCGUGCUGCGCGCUCGCGGAGGUCGCGUGCGGCACCGAGCCGGCGGCGGAACUCGAGUGCGAGCGCGUCGACGGGGACGUCGGCGUCGGUGUCGAUCGCGGUGACCACGCGCACGACGCGCAGUGCGCGCGCGGCGCGAGAGCGGGAUGCUGCGUCUGACCGCACGAGCAGCGGCGGAGAGAAGGCGCAGGCGGAAGGAGAGGUAGAGAGCGAAAGCAUGCGGGAGGACGCCGCGAGCCGCGCGCCGAGCGAGAAGGACGAUGUGCCGGCCGUCUCUGCGGAGGAGCUGGACGUGUCUACACCCAAGGCUUCUGGGGAACAGGAGAACAGGCCGAUGGUUGAAGAUGAGAAGAUGGUCGUGGCUCCCGCGGAACCACAACUGCCUCCCCCGCAGGCGCUACAACACGAAAUAAAGAUAGAAGAGAAGAAAGAAGAGAAGGAGGAGGGAGAGUUGAGCGAGGACGGGACUCCACCAGCAAUGUAA